AUGGCGACUCAGCCAGCUGGCUUUUUGCAACAGUUCGCGCUUCAGGCAAGUCUUUGUACGCAACUCCUGGCCAAUCUACAAUGGCUAUGCGAGUUUCAAGUGUUGGCCUGCAUUCCCCUGGACGGAGAGGUGGCUUUCGAGGAGGUCGCGGAUAUCAGCAAUGUCCCUGUGGACCAGCUGCAGCGAGUCGUACGCCUGAUGGUGACUGCAGGAUUCCUCAGCGAGAGACCUAGCGGGCACGUUGCGCAUACCCCACUAUCAGCCUCCUUUGUCACGGAGCCAGAGCUGCUAGACGCAGCGCUUUUCCUGGCCCAGGUUGCGGUUCCGGCGGCACUGAAGAUGCCACGCUCAACGUGCCAGCCGGACCCUUAUGAUCGUGGCCUCUCUCCGUCGCUGAUUGCUCGAUCAGAGAGUAGGGCAACGGGAUUGGAAGAUAGACCUGAUCCUGCACAACCCAAGGUGCAACGCCAGUUUGCAGCCUAUCUUGCUCGAGGGAUUCUUGAUGAGCCUUUGGCCGUUGAUGAGGUGCUUCGCUUGGUAGACUGGGGUGCCAUUGGGCCGGCCACCAUCGUGGAUAUCCAUCCCCCGUCCACCAGCACCAUCGGCAUGAUUGCUGCCCUGGGUCCUGCCGCCCAGUUAGUUAUCCAGACAAGCUCGCCUGGUAACGGCCAGUCGGGCCCGAUAACGGGCUCUGAGCCAUCCUGGGUGACAUACCAGCUGCCACCGUCCAUCAGUAAUCGUGUCUCGGUGCAUUCGCGGGGGGCCGGCGCCCCCCAGACGGUCUUAGGUCCAGCGGUCUACAUCGUCCGCAUCCCGUCCCCCUCACCCAUGCUACCUUGGACGAAAUUGCGGAGCCAAACUGUGAUGGAGCUGCAGGCCCAUCUCCAGGUUCUCCGCACUCAGCCCACUUCCCGCCUGAUGAUAGCGGCCUUAGUCCUGCCGUCGCCUGGAACAGUCAAUCAGGAGACGGAAUCCAUGGUGCGACUGCGCGACAUGUCGCUCCUGCAGUUGUCUAAUGAGCGGCAGCCUACCAAGACAGAGAUCGUCGAGAUUGUUACCGGCAUCAGGGACUCAGGGGGCUGUUUAGUGGUGACACGCGAGAUACACACAACAGCCAGUGCUGCAAUUGGGCUAGAGGUGCGAUACGAACCGUCUGCUAGAAAGCACUAA